GAGGCGUCCAUGCUGCAGUGCAGUGUGGGUAAGGAGUUCCUGAGGCUGAAGGACAACGAUGUCCAGCAGAGACAGAAGCUGGAAGCAGCCAAUCACAGGAUCACGGAGCUGGAGAGCCAGCAGGCCAGGAAAGACCAGCUGAUCCUGAGCCAGAAAAAACUGCUGGAGGACACCAAGAACCAGAACAGGGCAGAGCUGUCGGCGUCGGAGAGCCGCUGUGCCACUCUGAGGAGAGUUACUCAGGCGCUGCAGACCGAGAUGCUUCAGCUGUACGGUCAGAUCGUGGGAGGCGGGGCUCACCCAAACGGCGAGCUGCAGGACGUCAGCAGAUCCGACAGCAGAGCCUUACCUGAUGCUCAGGGAAGCCAAAAGUCCCUCCUCCCGUUUUCUUCUGCUGUUGGGAUCAUGAACGGAGCAGUGGAGGUCCUUUCCACCUCCCCCAUGUCCCUCUCACUCUCCCCCAUCGACUCCCCGCUGGCUGUCGGCUCCUUCCUGGAGCAACGAGCCCGACAGCUGUUCAGACCCACAGAUCAGAACCAGGAGGAGGAGGUGGAGGUCGGGGAGGAGGAGGUGAAUGUCCAACCAGCAAGCCCUCCACUCGGUCAGGAGGUGGAGGAGGCAUCACUCCCUGUAGGAAGUCCUCAGACUGAGCCGCUGAGCCAAGCCGCAGACCCCAUCGUGGCCCCCGUAGACCUGACACUCGCCGUCCAACAGAGGAGACACGAACUGAGCAUCAUGGACUACGACGAGACACUGCCCCACAUCUGAGGGAGGAGGAGGUGGGGUUCCUAGGGGCUCCGCCCUCACUCUGGAAAAGCGCAAUAAAGAUGAUAAUGAUAAGGCAAUAAGCAGGCUGAUCCAAGAUCAGCAAACUUUCAGUAACGAUUGUUAUCUAUUAGGGGAAUUAAAUCUACAGCUAGCCUGGCUAGUAUCCACAAACAAAAAUGCCCUCUAAUAAGUGGCAUCCAAUCAAAAGGACAGUCGCUCCUAUCCAGUGCUGAUGGGAGUGGUCUGUUGGGCGGUCUGCUAGUACCGCCAUAGUCUCAGCCAUAGUAUUGAUCCAUAGUUAUGAUAAAAGGAGUCUAGUUCAGGGACUCCAGUUAGCUGAGGUGAAGCCUUGCAGAUAGCUAGCAGCUACAGCCGCCUGCAUCAGCCAAUCAAAUUCCAGGAUUUGAUCACAAGAAAGUGACGCGGCUGAAACUGUAACGCUGAAGCUUCAGAGUCGGUGAUGUGCCUUUGUCCAUCUUUUUUCUACAGUCUGUGUUUCAGCUGAUUUUCCUGUUUAAGCCAAAAAGUGCUUCAUGCCAAAUUAAACGCUGCGACUGAUGAUUGUUUUCUUUAUGGAUUUGUCAGCUGAUCAGUAACUGCAGACAAACCAAAGAUGUGCUCCUGAAACACUGUGACAGAAAUAAAGAUGUAAACGUC